AUGGAGGGUAAGAAGACUACCGGACGUCAAAAAAUUCCCAUGAAAAAGAUAGAAAACAAAGCCGCUCGAUAUGCCACACUUUCAAAACGUCGAUUGAGUUUAUACAAAUUGGCUGGUGAACUCGUUCAACAACACAAUGUUGACAUAGGAAUAGUUCUUUUUUCUCCAACGAAUAAAUCUUAUUCAUUUUUUCAUCCAACUGUUGAAGCAGUUGCUCAACGUUUUUUGAAUCCAAACAUAGAAUUAAGUGACACUACAAAAUUUGUUGCAACAUGUGUUCGAAACAACGUGAAUGAAAUCGAAGAUAAACUAGCAGAGUUUAAAGUUAGAGAAGAUCUUGCAAGCAAGGAAACAAUUAUACUUGACCAAGCCAAAGAGAUGAGAGAAAUUGGUUGGUGGGAGGAUAUUGAAAAACUCAAAACUGAUGAGUUAACUCAGUUUGAAGCUUGGCUAAACGUUGCUGAUUUUAACAUGAAAUAUCGUCUGAAACAAUUGGAAAAUGAAGUUGCAUCUAAUACUUCAUAG